AUGGUCGUAUUUGUGAAUGGUGACUUGAAAUGUGGGUUUAUGCUUGUGGUUGUAAAGGAUAUGAAUACGAGGGCUAAUCCUAGGAGAGCGAAAGAGGAGAAUGUGGAUGGGGGAGUUUCUCCCCAAGGUCUUCAAGGUUACCAAGUCCCCAUAGGCAAUCAAGAGAAUGAGGUUGUGGUGGUUCCCCCGAUCAUGACUAAUGAAGAGAUUAGGGUGGCUUUUUUAACUCUAGUUCAAGCCAUGAUGGCUCAAGCAAAUCGAAAUGUGGGGCCUAGGGUGAAUGCUAAUGAGAGUACGGCUGCCUCAAGGUUGAGAGACUUCGUGAGGAUGAAUUCUCCUAUCUCUUUGGGCUCUAGAAUUGGAGAAGAUCCCCAAGGAUUCUUAGAUGAGAUUUACAAAAUUGUGGAUGCUAUGGGAGUAUCUUCUCGAGAGAAAGCGAAAUUGGCUUCAUACCAAUUGAAGGAGGUGGCCCAAAUUUGGUACACUCAAUGGAAGGCAAAUAGGCCGGAGGAAGCGGGUCCUAUAGAAUGGGAAGAGUUUAAGGAAGCAUUCUUGGGUAAGUACUUUCCCCUAGAGAAGAGGGAGUGCAAAAUUGAGGAGUUCAUUAAUCUUAGGCAAGGAGGUGGUGGUUCACAAAUUGUUAAGCCUACUUGUUCCACUUGUGGAAAGAAGCAUUUUGGGAAGUGUCUAUCCGGUACUAGUGGUUGCUAUGGUUGUGGGAAAAAUGAUCACAAGGUAAGAGAUUGUCCUAAUAUUGUGGCUAAAGGAAGGAAUAAUAGGAAAGCUCAUUAUAGUGAUCUUAGUGUUGAUGGUAAAGCAAGGAAUCGUUUCUAUGCUCUCCAAGUUAACAAGGGAGCAAAUCGGGAUGAAGGUGCCGGUAAGUCAUAA